UUAUGUAUUUCCAGCCGGCCAUAACCACACCCACUAGUAAUGUUAGAAAUAUACAGCAACAACGCCAUCCACCUAAUGCAGAAUUAAAAGCAUUAUUUAGUUUAACAGAGUCAUACAUUGCUGAAAGGAUAGAUAUUGAGCCGACACUCAAACCAUUCCAAAUCGACUAUGUGCCCGCUGUCGGGGACGUCGAUCCCUUCAUAAAAGUACCACGCCAAGACGAGAUUCAAGCAAUGGGAGCAGAUUGGUUAUGGACUGGAUUAAUGGCUGUCCAUCCAAACGAAGAUUUACAACUUGGAUUGACUGUAUUGGAUGAGCCAGCAGCUAUUCAAUCAGACCCAGCAAUUGUUGAUUUAAGACUUCAUCAAUUAUCAGGGAAAAGUGGGGCUUCUGUUGAUGCUCCAGUAAAGAAGCUUUCUAGAGCUGACAAAAAUGCAAAACAAAUUGACCGUUGGAUUCAAUCAGUGAAGGAAUUGAGACGUACAAAACCUCCAGAUAGGGUACACUAUGGAAAACCUAUGCCUUCUAUAGAAUCGCUAAUGCAAGAAUGGCCACAGAGUGUUGAACAAAAUCUAAAGGGAAUGAAGUUGCUACUCAACGACAAUCUUGAUGCUGCCCUAGAAGAUUAUGCAGACAUUUGCUUGUCUCUAAUAGACAUCCCAGUACACAAAAAUCGUCUAGAUUCUCUCCAUGUUUUAUUCUCCCUUUACGCCGAAUUUCGAAAUUCUCAACAUUUUAAAAAUUUGGCAUUAGGGGGAAGUCGGCAAGGAUUUAACAAUGGAAACGAUGACGAUUUGGAAAUAACAGAACAAUUAUUAUUAAAUAAUACAUCCUCAACUAUUGACCAUCUUGUAGUUGAUGAGGAAGAAAUUAAAUAA